UCGGUCAGGAUUUUGAGCUGCAAAAAUUCCCCUAAACAUCUCUCUUUCUCUCAUCGAAUUGCUUCUCUUCAGAUUCAACAAUUCUACGCAUUUCAUUGUUCAAUUCUCAUAAGAAUCUCAGAACUCAAUUCUCAAUUCGCUUUGGUAGAGAGAUCAGAGGCUUCUUAAUUUGCUUUCGGAAAUCGCCGAAUUGUGUCCGAAACGGGAGUGAGUUCGUGUUUGCGUUGGCGUUUGCGGGGGAAUGGCAAAUUGAUGAUAGGCGAAAUAACAGAAGAGUGUUUGGGGGAUCUAUGAAGACUGUCCGGAUGGUUGAGACGAUUUGGAGGCUUCUCGAGCUUUGGACCCUCCCUAAGCUUUGUUUCACAUGGAAUGGCACAUCCUCUUGUUAGCCAGGCCAAACCUGAGCGUGACAUCAAUCAGGCACUCAUUACUUUGAAAAAAGGUACUCAGUUAAUUAAGUACAGCAGGAAGGGGAAGCCUAAGUUUUGUCCAUUCAGAAUUUCUCCGGAUGAGACGACAUUAAUCUGGUACUCCAAUGGACAUGAAAGAAAUCUGAACUUGUCUUCUGUUUCACGGAUUAUCCCUGGACAGAGAACUGCUGUGUUUAGAAGAUAUUUGCGCCCUGAAAAGGAGUACUUGUCAUUUUCACUGCUAUAUAAUAAUGGUGAAAGGUCUCUUGACCUGAUCUGCAAAGACAAAGUUGAAGCAGAUGUGUGGCUAGCAGGCCUUAAGGCUUUAAUAUCUACUGGUCAAAAUCGUAGACGUACUCAAAGUGAUAUAUCUGAUCUACACAUUAGUGGAACACUAGAGUUCACAUCAAGUAUUGCCCGGGGCAGGGUGUCUGUUGAUUCUAGUUCUGCUGAGACUUCUUUGUAUUUACCAAGCUCAGAUGUGGGGUUUGAACAUGCAAAUAUGCAAGUAAGAACAAGCAUUGGAGAUGGUUUCCGACUUAGUGUUUCAAGCACACCUAGCUGUUCAAGUCAAGGAUCUGGACCAGAUGACAUAGAGUCCUUAGGCGAUGUCUAUGUCUGGGGAGAGCUUUGCUGCGACACGGUAGAUGGAUCUAUAAGUCCAUAUCCUACCAAAAAUGAUGUGCUGAUUCCUAAACUACUGGAGUCUAACGUAGUUCUUGAUGUUCACCAAAUAGCUUGUGGUGUUCGCCAUCUUGCUCUUGUCACGAGGCAAGGUGAGGUUUUCACCUGGGGAGAGGAAUCUGAGGGCAGACUUGGUCAUGGAAUUGAAAAGAAUUUUAGUCGUCCUCGUCUUGUUGAAUUUCUGGCAGUUAUUAAUGUCGAUUUUGUGGCAUGUGGUGAAUAUCACACGUGUGCAGUAUCUACCUCUGGCGAUCUGUAUACCUGGGGCGAUGGUGCACAUAAUGCUGGACUUCUUGGUCAUGGCACAGAUGUCAGCCACUGGGUACCCAAGAGAGUUUCUGGUGCCCUCGAAGGAAUUCAUAUUUUAUCUGUAGCAUGCGGCACAUGGCAUUCGGCGAUGAUAACUACUAAUGGUAAGCUGUUCACAUUUGGUGAUGGAACAUUUGGUGCCUUAGGCCAUAGUGACCGAGAAAGCGUCUCUUUCCCAAAGGAAGUUCAAUUAUUGAGCGGAUUAAAGACUACUAAAGUUGCAUGUGGAAUGUGGCACACUGCGGCCAUUGUGGAGGUUAUGGGCCACGCAGGAGUUGGUGGUACAUCAAGGAAGUUGUUCACUUGGGGCGAUGGUGAUAAAAAUCGAUUGGGUCAUGGCAGCAAGUUAUCGCGUUUAGUUCCAACCUGUGUCUCUGCCCUUAUUGAAUACAACAUCCAUCAAAUAGCUUGUGGGCAUGCUAUUACUCUUGCCCUUACAACAUCUGGGCAUAUAUUCACCAUGGGCAGUACUGCGUAUGGUCAACUUGGCAAUCCACAAUCUGAUGGAUCGGUACCUUGCUUAGUACAAGAUAAAUUGGUAGGUGAAUUCAUAGAAGAAAUAUCAUGCGGUGCAUGUCAUGUUGCUGUGCUUACUUCAAGAAGUGAAGUUUUUACGUGGGGAAGCGGUGCCAAUGGAAGAUUGGGACACGGGGACACUGAGGAUCGGAAGACUCCAACUUUGGUUGAAGCACUGAAGGAUAAACAUGUGAAGAGCAUAUCGUGCGGAUCAAAUUACACUGCAAGUAUAUGCAUUCACAAAUGGGUAUCUGGAGCAGACCAAUCAGUCUGCACCGGUUGCCGGCAAGCAUUUGGUUUCACUAGAAAGAGGCACAAUUGCUAUAACUGUGGACUGGUACAUUGCCACGCUUGCAGCUCCAGAAAAGCUUUAAAAGCAGCAUUGGCUCCAACACCAGGCAAACCUCAUCGUGUCUGUGACUCUUGCUAUGCUAAACUAAAAUCUUCUGAGUCCGGCAACGCCUCUAAUUAUAAUAGGAAAAUUUCUGCUCCCCAUCGCCCGGUAGACACCAGGGAGAGGUUAGACAGAGAGGUAAGAGCUUCAAGGAUUUUGCUCUCUCCUACCACAGAACCAGUUAAAUACCUCGAGGUCAAGUCAACAAAGCCCGGAACCAAGUCUACUUCCUACUCUAUGGUCCGAGCUUCCCAAGUUCCGUCACUUUUACAACUGAAGGACAUUGCAUUUCCAAGUUCAUUAAGUGCUCUUCAAUAUGCUUUCAAGCCUGUUGCCUCAUCUCCAGCUCAGCCUCAGACUCAGCCUCAGUUGGCAGUCAAUUCAAGAUCCUCUUCACCAUUCUCAAGGAGACCAAGUCCCCCGCGCUCUCCAACUCCUGUUUUCUCGAGGGGUAUGAUUGAUGGUCUUAAGAAGACCAAUGAUCUGCUGAGCCAAGAAGUGACAAAAUUGCAAAACCAGAUUAGAAAUUUGAAGCAGAAAUCUGAGGUCCAGGAUGUGGAGAUUCAAAAACUAAAGAAACAUGUGCAAAAAGCUACUUCCUUGGCUGCACAGGAAUCUUCCAAAUGUUCAGUAGCAAAGGAAGUUAUCAAGUCUGUAGCAGCUCAGUUGAAGGAAAUGAUGGGGAAGUUCCCUCCUGAGAUAUCAAACAGUGAAACCUUCAAAGACAUGCAUUCUCAAGUUGAAGCUUUUUUAAGUACAAAUACAACUCCUUUCUCUGAAUCUCACUCCUCACCAGCAGACUUGGUGCAUGAGGAACGAAAUCAGCCUGGCAGAACUAACUUGGUUGAUGAGACGACUAACACACAAUAUCAUAGGACAGAAGAUCAUAUUUAUGCUACAGGAGUUAGAGAUGUACCACUGAACACUGAAGAUACUUCACGGGCUAGUAAUCGAUCAUCUGAUAAUAGAGCAAAUGAACAAGGCAAUGGCAGCAGCUCAAGAUCACCUAAAUCUUCCAAGACUGAAGGACGAAGAGAAGUUAUUGAACAAUUUGAACCUGGUGUUUAUGUAACUCUUGUUCAACUUCAAAAUGGUGCAAAGCUCUUCAAGCAAGUUAAAUUCAGCAAAAGAAGGUUUGCUGAGCAGGAGGCAGAAGAAUGGUGGAAGGAAAAUAAAGACAGGCUGCUUAGAAAGUACAGCCAUCCUGUGGCUAAUAAUGCUCCAACUGGAUCAUCCGAAACUCCGAAGGCUGCCGAGAAGAAUAACGAGGUGACACCAUCCUGAACUUGGUUUUGUUUCUUAGUCCCCGAGUACCAGAAUGAAGAAGCUGCAAGUAGGAACAAGUAUCAGCUCUUACAUUAUGCAGUGGAAGUUGAAGGGCUACUGCUUCGGGAAACAGAUUAGAGAACUUACUUUUGCAGAGUAGAAUUCCACGAUAGAACUUUCCUUAAAAUAAAACUAUGAAGUUUCAUAUUCAUAGAAGAGAAGUUUUACCACAAGAUUAAAUGUGAGAUGCAUGGGACAGGGGGAGGUUACCUGUAAUUUUGACAUUUCUUUGAUAAUUUAUAUUUCUCUCCAGAUGUGUUGUCUCCAGAGUCUGAUAGUUGUAUUCUAAGUUGUACAGCAAGUUAAUUUGCUACGACAAACAACUUUGUAACUUGUAGAGCUAUACUUCUGAUGUUGAAUCUUUUGUAGUGCAUGGAAGUUCAUUUGUUUAUU